AUGGUGGACGUAAAGGUGAAAAUCAAAGAUGGAUGCCGGGGUGGACGUGAGCAGUUUCAAUGGAGGUCCAUCAAGGAACAGGAGUACAAGGACCGCGAAUCGUAUCUCGGCCAGUCGAUGAAGGUUGGUCAAAUGGGCAAAUUCGGCAAGUACUACAUGCACGACUGGUAUGCAAGAAAGCGAGACACUACCGCAAGCAUCGCUGAAGAGCGCGGAGCUGUGCAGGCCUAUGAAGAGGAGCUGAUGCAAGAGGCGUUGGGCUUAAAACCCAAGAAGCUUCUCCUGGCAAAAAAGCAGAUGAGCGAGGAGGAGCUGAAGGAGUUCCUGAAGUCUAAGAAGGAAGACACAGGUCGGGAGGCCAUGGGCCCGCAAAAGAAGGUCAUGCGAAAUGAGCUGGGCGAAGAGGUUGUGACAAGUAACGAAGACAUGCUGGCAGAAGCCGUUCGCGACGGAACCUUGAAAGGCUUGGGGUUCGCAUCGCACCGUGAUGCCAAGCUGGAAAGAAUAAAAGUACAAGCUCUUGGAACUGAAAGUGAGCUCAAGGGUUUGAAGGAGCUUCCCAAGGAACCGCUCAAAGGUGAGAUCAUGAAGUUGGAAGUGAAGGCGGAGGUGAAGCAAGAAGUAGAUGCCGAUUCAGGUGUAUUGCAAGAUCCAUGUGGACCAGGUUUGUCGGAGCGAAGCAAUCCCCAAGAGGCCCAUUCUGGACACGUAGCCAGAGCACUGCUCAGACGGCUUUCACGUCACAUUCGUAAGCGUGCCGAGCACGCCGAGCGCAGUGAUGCCAAGGCCGAUGUGAGAUAUCUUGAGAUCAAAACUUGUGACCAGAAAAGCUGGAAAACGGACAUGAUCAACUUCUUGAUUCUCGCGGUGGCUCUGGAGAAGGACGGGUUGGACCUGGAUCUGAGCAGAUCCGCCAGCGACUAUGCGUGGGAGGCGGACCAGGUGGAACUGUAUUCCUGGCCUACGAGGGAAGAGUACAUGGCACCAGAGGACAAGGCCCUUGAGCCGAUAGGGACGGAAGCUCCGCAAGCCUCUGCCGUCUUGGAAGGUGCCCAAAGUGCUCCAUCUUCGCUAUUGCAGGUGUGCAGCUCCAUAAGACCGGAAAAACCGGAAACUCACACCAAAAAAACGUCAGAGAAGCCAGCACAGGUCAAGUCCAAGCCGACAAAGAAAGCUUCAGGUGCGGUCAAGCCGAAGCCAAAAGCUCGCUCAAGCGGCUUCAAAACUGCAGGUGCUGGGGACAAGAAGGAGCCUCUUCCAAGCCCGCAAGAGGAGAUCGAGUUUGUGCAGCAGAAUCCCAAGAAGGCAGGCGGGAAGGGCUUCGAUCGCUACGAGCUGUACAAGAAGGCCAAAACCAUCGCUGAGGCCAUGGCGCUCGGGGCCGCUAAAGGGGAUAUCCUCUUUGACUGGGAGCGCAAGUGGUUCAGACGAAAGUAA